AUUCAUUGUUCUGUUGCAGCCACUCUAAUUAUUUAAUCUGCAAGAAACCACCCCAGCCUCCAUCUGCAUUUGGGUCAUCUACAAGCCUCCAUCCAUCCUGACAAAUUUCCCUUGGUGGUGUGAGGAAACCUGGCUCGCCUUCACCUGGAACAUCUUAUGGGUAUAAGGCUCGUAACCCUCUGGUGACGACAAGUGUGGACUUCUGGAUCAAGUGUUCAGCGGACUCUGCUUCUCAAUAAUAUUUUCUACCUCUUCUUGCUUCUUUACUGGACAAGAAAGGUGUUUUUUCCCCUCUCUUUUUUGUUGUUUGUUUUUGGAAGCAACCAUCUUGAAAAGAAUGACGGCGAAAGAAACUCAUUUCAAUAUUUGACAGAACUAACCCACUUUUCAUGCUCCAGCUAGCUGGGGCAAAGGGGAAACUUUGCAUUUACCAGGCAGCAUCAGAGAAGGUUGUCAGCCAUUUAACAUUCAGGGCUAUUAAUCAAGUGACCUCCAGAUCUAAUUAGCUGCAUACAAAACAGCCACACACUUACAUAAACAGUCGCAUCUGGCUGCUGAGGUGGUCUGCUUGUAACGAGAGGCACACAAGCUUCAAAACAGCCGAACCUUGUCAGGUAUUAGAUGUCUGCCUACACUUUAUCAUCUCUCUUCGACAACACUGACCUUGAUGUAGAACAGAGAUGAUUGUUUGUGUUUGUGUGCAUUAGCUGAAGAUGGUGACAUGCUUUAAGUGCAAUGAUUGAUAGUGACAAAGACCCCUGAUGGUGACUGUGUGGCUCUGAUAAACAGGGAAAAAGAGGUGCUGCCUGCAGCAGGGAAGCUCAAAUAAGAAGAAAGCUGAAUAUCCUCAGAUUUUUAGAGUCACAUCCUUAAAAUAAGGACACACAAAAGUGGUCCAUGCUAAUUGAGAACUGCACAUGUCACUCUGCCUGACACGUUGUCUGAGUAGAUUAAAGUCAGACCUCUUGUAGGUCAUGUCACUUUGACUUAGAUUUGACAACAUCAAGUGGCCACUAAAAAAAAAAUGUCUGACCCUGCAAAAACACCAGCACCUUGAAAAAAACUCCAUCACAUUAGUCUACCUGUCUGUCAGCGUGAGAUAUAAAAGUUGUCUGUUGACUUUUUGAACACCCCUCAUGAACGCCUUCCCCUUCUUCUCCACGCCUCAACCCAACACACCCACCAUCCAGUCGGUGUGUAAGCCCUGUCUUCGGGGCCCCUGGAGAAUGAACGAUGUGCCCACACUGGACUACGAGUCGCUGCUCUCCUCAGCCAGCUCCUCUCUGCCCAGCAGUCCAGGCAGUGGUGGUAGCAGUCCCCCCCUGGCCUUGGUUGCGGUGGACACGGAGCAGCGUACAGCAUUGGCCUUUGUGGGCCUCCUCAUGCUCUUCUUGGUCUUCCUGCUAGUCAGAUGUUUCCGGAUCCUAUUGGACCCAUACAGUCGCAUGCCUGCGUCAUCCUGGACUGACCACAAGGACGGUCUAGAAAGGGGUCAGUUUGAUUAUGCACUAGUGUAGGGUGUUUAUUGGGUUUUUAUUGCACAUAGACUUUUGUGUGUCUCAGACUGCGCUGAUAUACGCUGUGGUGUUGUAAAUGCACUAGAAGAUGGGUAGAACUUUUGUUUGUAUAAACUCAGUGCUGCAGGAAUUUAUAAAACAGGUGUUUUUCUUGACAAACACACUACUGUGAAAUGGUAUUUGCCCUCUCACAGAUACAUUUAUUUUUGUGUUGUGCUUUUGACUCUUGAAGGUUUCUGAUAUUUAAACAAAUGUCAAUAUCAGACUGAAAUAUAGCAAAGACAAUAUAUUUUCUUUUGAUUAUUUCAAUUGUUAUGAGAACAAUGGCCUUCCCUUGUUUGCUGUUGAAGAUUUACAAAAACUCAGUGAAGUCUUUCUUUUUGCACACUAUCUUUACAGAAUUGUUUUAAUU